AUGCAAGUUUGGUCCGCGCUCCUCCUCCUGUUGGCGCUCUCACCCGUGGAGUCAAAGCUCACAGCCGAUGUCAUCACUGGAAUCUCACAGCUUUUGUCUCAAGGAGCUCGUAUUGAAGAAACGCAAGUCAUCUCGUUGCGGAGCACGAGCCGGAGGAGUCGACGUUCCAUUCACGACAAUCGCGUCAUCCUCACCUUGGAGGCUUUCGGGAAGAAACUGCGCCUAGGGCUCAAGCGAAACAAAAAACUCGUGUCGAGGAGGUUCCUGAUUGGCGGCGAGGAUUCUGCUUAUGGAAUCGACACGAAAUGCUACUACACGGGAAAGGUCGCUGAAUACCCGAAGAGUUUCGUCGCUCUGUCCCUCUGCGAUGGGGCCCGAGGCACGAUAAACCUCGGCAACGAGUCUCUUGCAAUCUCAUCGCUGCCCGAGGAUUCGGGAAGCGUUCCGGAUGCGCACGUCGUUCUCCGAUUGGAUCACGACCCGUAUCUCCGCUUCGUGCGCCGAGAUGCCUCGGAUAGGGUUCUGGUUCGAACAUCGGGGCCAGACUUCCGAGUUCCCCGCAAGCCACGAAGUCAUGGUCAACAGAUUUUGAGCAACUCGGAGGACCGUAGCGGACAGUAUCGGCCCAGAUCUCGGACCGCCCUAGUGGAGUCGGCUUUCUUCGUUGACGAAAGCCUAUACGAACACAUCGGGAAAAUGUUUCCGAACGAUCCCCGCAAGAACGUCCACAUAUUCGCCUUAACGCUGAUCAAUCAACUGCAAAUAGCCUACGAGCAGGAACCCCUCAAGGGAAUGGUCGGGAUCACCUUGACGUACCUCGAAAUAAUGUAUCCGCAACCCAAAGAUCUCCCGUCGAAUGAAGACUUCGAUUAUUAUCUGACCGCUUUCUGCAUUUAUCAGCAAGCUAGACGGAAUAGCCUAGAGACGAGUUACUCGCAUUGGGACUACGCGGUUCUGAUCUCUGCGAUGAGUAUGUACGCUCGGAACAAACGCGGCGAGAGGAUGAACGAUGUUGUCGGUAUGACAGCGGUCGCUGGCAUGUGCAACGAGCUGCAUUCGUGCGCUAUCCUCCAAGGCCGAGAUUUGCAGAGUGCGCACAUAAUCGCACACGAAAUGGGCCAUUCGCUGGGCAUGGAACACGACGGCGAAGGUGACAACAGACACUGCCAAGGAAACGCUCACGUCAUGUCGGCGACGACCGGGCUUUCGAAGAAGUCGUGGUCCGACUGCAGUGUGCAGUCACUGAAGCAUUUCUUGCAAUCGGACCGAGCCGAUUGUCUGUACAAACGGACGUCUUUGAAGAACCUUCUCUCGAUGCCGGAAUCCGAAAUCCUCAAGAAGUUCCCAGGGAUGAAUUUCACAGCGGACCAACAGUGUGAGAUGAAGUUCGGCGACGGAUACAGGAGAUCGAGACGGCAAGAGCUGAGGGACGUCUGCCGAAUUCUGAAGUGCGAACGUGAAGACGGAUCCCACGUGAUUCUCUCGAGUGCCUACACUGCCAUGCAAGGCACCAGCUGUGGACCAAGCAAGUGGUGUCGACACAAAGUUUGCUCGGAGAUACCGUCGACGGAAUUUCCGAAUGCUUCAUCGGGUCAGAUCUCAUCUUCGAAAACGGGUGUCACGGCCCCACCGGUAUCGGGCGCAGUUUCCGCCAUGUGGUCAGAUUGGACACCGUGGGGAGAAUGCAACAGCGGAUGUGCCGCGAGAGAGGGGAGAAUUCCGUGGGGCAUCAGGGUCUCUACGCGGAAAUGCGUCGACCAGACAACGAACAUUGAGUUGGGUUUGGAGAAAUGUUCCGGACCGAGUUUGAAAUCUAAACUCUGCAACGCUACCUGCACCAAAAUGUGGGAGCCGAAUGAGUACGCAACGGCUGUGUGCGACACAGUGAUCCGACCCCAUAUUCACCUUUUUGUCGGAGUCGGGAGCCAGCCCAAAUACGACGAAAGAGGUUCGUACUGUCCCCGCAAGUCCUCGCUUUCGUUUAACGCGAACUCGAAGAGCAUAAAUUCCUUCUGGUCUUCGGCACAAUGCCGCGUCGCAUGCCGUGAGCUCCAGAGUCCUCGAUUGUACGUCGUAGUCGACACGACAGGCGACGGGUUCUUCCCGGCCGGCACCCUCUGCAAAGCCGAUCGAUCAUCUCGUGGCUAUUGCCACUACGGGAAAUGCAUAGCCGAGAGCAAGUUCGAAGUUAUCUUACACAGAACGACUCAGGAGAAGAACAAAGUUUCAGAAUUCUCUGAUUCUGUCCGAGUUCGCCGCGGCGCAGAGGACGACGUACAAUAUGUGAACCUAUCGGAGUACCUCAGAGAUCUAUCUCCCUUGAACUCCACGAGGACAUCGCCAUCCGGAGGAUAAUUACCCCCGACAGCUGCCAUGUUACAAAUACACGAGUUGCCCAGA